CAGCAGAGAGUCUCAUCCCUCUCCCACAGACCCCGGGAGGAUGGCAGUGCCCGGACCUCACCACUGCCUGCUCCUCUGUCUGCUCUGGAGGACGCUCGGCGCCCAGGAUCUGCCCAUUAAUGGAGUCAAUGGCUACAGCCUGCACCCUCCCUACUUCAACCUGGCAGAGGGCACCAAGAUUUCGGCCACAGCCACCUGCGGCGAGGGCGAGGAUGGCAGACCUGUGGAGGACCUCUACUGCAAGCUAGUAGGGGGACCCAUGUCGGGGGACCCCAGCCAGACUAUCCAGGGACAGUACUGUGACACAUGUCUAGCUAGUGGUGGAGAGAGAGCGCACCCCAUUACUAAUGCUAUUGACGGCACGGAAAGAUGGUGGCAGAGCCCCCCCUUGUCCAGAGGCCUGGAGUUCAACAAAGUCAAUGUCACUUUGGAUCUGGGUCAGGUUUUCCAUGUGGCAUACGUUUGGAUCAAGUUUGCCAACUCCCCGCGGCCAGAUCUUUGGGUAAUGGAGCGCUCUACAGAUUUUGGUGCCACAUACCAACCUUGGCAAUUUUUUGCAUCAUCCAAGAGAGAUUGCAUCGAACGCUUUGGGGUGCACACAUUACAACGUAUCAACAGGGACGACGACGUCAUUUGUACAACAGAAUAUUCCCGAAUAGUGCCGCUAGAGAAUGGAGAGAUUGUGGUUUCUUUGGUCAACAAACGUCCCGGAGCCAUGAAUUUCUCCUACUCCCCUCUCUUGAGGAACUUUACCAAAGCCACCAACAUCCGUCUAAGUUUUCUUCGGACCAACACCCUGUUGGGUCACCUCAUGGGGAAAGCUCAGGGGGAUCCCACUGUGACCAGGAGGUAUUAUUACAGUAUUAAAGAUAUUAGCAUUGGAGGACGUUGUGUGUGUAACGGUCACGCUGAGGUGUGCAGCGCUACGGACCCCGCAAACCCAUACAGGCUGCAUUGCGGCUGCCAGCACAACACUUGUGGAACAUCAUGUGACACCUGCUGUCCUGGCUUCCACCAGGUGGCGUGGCAACCGGCAAACAUGGAUAAUUCCAACGAAUGUGAACCGUGUAAUUGUAAUGGCCACGCCUAUGACUGUUACUAUGAUCCAGAGGUGGAAAAGCGCAGGGCGAGCAUGAACCGCCAGGGGCAAUACGCGGGAGGAGGUGUCUGCCUGGAUUGUCAGCACAAUACGGAUGGCGUCAACUGUGAACGAUGUCGCCCGGGAUACUACAAAUCACCUGAUCAUUCCACUGACUCACCCUACACCUGUCAACGCUGUGCCUGUGAGUCCGAGUACAUGAGUGGGACUUGUGAAGACCUGACGGGGCGAUGUUACUGUAAACCCAACUACACAGGCGAAAACUGUGCAUCAUGCGCAGAGGGAUAUAUGGAAUUUCCUGAGUGUUACCCUGUUCCUGAGAUACCGGAUGAUGACACGGGUGCACAGAAACAGCCAGCUGGAGAGAUUAUAACCUGUGAUUGCAACGUUGCUGGAACAGAAGCAAACGCGUGCCGUAAAGAUCCCAUCAUAGGAGCCUGUGUGUGCAAACGCAACUUCAGAGGAGAAAGUUGUAACACGUGUGCUCCUGGCUACUAUGGCCAGGACUGCCAAGAGUGCCAGUGUUCUGGGUCUGGGGUGUAUGACGGUAGUUGUGACAAGGACAGCGGGCGUUGUGUGUGCCGGGAUGGGUUUGAAGGCGAUUUUUGUGACAAAUGUGCUCCAGGCUACUUCAAUUACCCUCUUUGUCAGUUGUGUGGCUGCAGUUCGGUUGGCACGUUACCACAAGGCUGUGAUUCAAAUGGCCGUUGCUUCUGCAAACCGGAGUAUGAAGGGCCCAGGUGUGAGCAGUGCAUUGCGGGAUUUCACUCAUAUCCUUACUGUCAAGCUUGUUCCUGUGAUCCUCAGGGCUCCGUGCAUAACAACUGCUCCCCAACUGGUCACUGCCAAUGUCGCCCCAAUUAUACAGGACUGACCUGUAACCAAUGUGCAGCAGGAUAUUAUGGAUUCCCCAGCUGUAUAUCUUGUCAGUGUUCAAGAGAAGGUUCCCUUUAUACCACAUGUGACCCCCACAGCGGGCAGUGCAGGUGCCGUCCAGGCGUCAAAGGACUCAAAUGUGAUACCUGCACCUCUGGCACCUAUGGGUUCCCCAACUGUGAAGUCGGUCCUUGUAAUCCAGCUGGAUCUACCUCCACCACUGUGAAUCCUCCAGAGGGAACCUGCGAGUGUCGCGAGAACGUGGAAGGAAGCGCAUGCGACAAAUGUAAACCUCUAUACUGGGAUCUAGCACCAGAAAACCCACAAGGCUGCAAACGAUGCGAGUGUGGCUCAGGGACAUUAAAUGGAGUAGGCGAGUGUCAGCAGGUGACUGGACAGUGUUUCUGCAAGCCUAAUAUCUGCAGCGGAUCAUGCAGCAAGUGCAAAGAUGGCUACCACAACCUGAAGCCCGACAGCUACUUUGGAUGUCAGGGAUGCCAGUGUGACAUCGGAGGCUCAGUCGGCUUGGCAUGCAACGCCAGGACGGGUGAUUGCCAGUGUCGUGAAAAUGUGGAGGGACCGAAGUGCAACCGACCUGUGAACGGAUAUUAUUUCCCGGAUCUGCACCACCUGAGGUAUGAAGUGGAAGAUGGGCGGACGACGGAUGGAAGGCCAGUCCGAUUUGGCUUCAAUCCUCUGGAGUUUGAGAACUUCAGCUGGAGAGGAUAUGCCCAAAUGUCACCGUAUCAGCCAAAGGUCAUACUGACUAUUAACGUGACAUCCCCUGACCUUUUCCGUGUGGUGUUUCGGUACGUCAACCGCGGCACAGAUAGUGUAUACGGGAAGGUGUCAUUUAUAGAAGAGAAGAAGUUCAAUGCCUGUGCUAACUGUUCUGAGCAAAUCAAGCAAAUCGUUUUUCCUCCAAGCAAAGAACCGGCUUUUGUCACUGUCCCGAGCAGUAGCUAUGGAGAGCCUUUUGUUCUUAAUCCAAACACGUGGUCGGUGGUGAUUGAGGUGGAGGAUGUGCUCCUGGAUUACUUUGUCUUACUUCCAAGUGCCUACUAUGAGGCUCCGAUUCUCCAGGUGAAAGUGACUGAGGCCUGCACAUAUGCUCCAACUUCAGAGCAGGCCAAUCAGAAUUGCCUGCUGUACAAAUAUCUCUCUCUGGAUGGAUUCCCAUCUUCAGAGGGCGUUGAAGGUACCUGCCGAAUUGACAAUAGCCUUCCCCGACCCUGCCACACAGAGCAGAUCACCCCCCGGCACCCACCAUUGAUUGGCUGCUAUGGAAGCGAUAUUGAUGUCCAGUUCAAUCUGCCAGUUCCUCACCCGGGCCGUUACGCUAUUGUCGUAGAGUACGCCAAUGAGGAGGAUAUGCAGACCACCAGUGUUACAGUAAACUCUCCUCAACGUCCUACACAGCAUGGAGUCUUCAGCUUCUUCCCUUGCAAAUUCAGUUUCCUGUGCCGUGGGGUGGCUUUGGACCAUCAGCAGAAGGUGGCUUUGUUUGACCUUAACACAGAAGUCAAUAUUCGCUUUACAGCAGACAAGACUCAGUUCCACCUGGGCAAAGUCUACCUGAUCCCUGCUGACCAGUUCACUGUGGAGUACAUCGAGCCACGAGUACACUGCAUUGCUGUUCAUGGAUCUUUUAACCCCAGCAGUGGUUCUUGCGUUUCAUCGAGGUUCCAUAAACCAUCACAGUCAGUGGUUUUAACAGAGGGGAAGACCAGCUCAGUGUCAAACAAAAUCCCUGUAUGGCCAGGACACCAAAUUCCUACCGACAGCCAGAAAGCUGUGCCACAUCCGACAUCACUGCCGCCGACAGCUGUAGAUGCCAACAAACUGAUACGUCUGCACCCACUUCAGACGACGGUGACAUAUAAUGGACGUGUUCCAUCACCAGGGCGUUACGCCUUCAUCAUUCACUACUAUCAACCCUCCCAGCCAUCAUUUACUUUGGAGGUACAGGUGCAUGGUGGCCGGGUUUGGAGAGGCUCUGCCAAUGCCACAUUCUGCCCUCAUGGUUUUGGUUGCCGUAGUUUGGUUUUGUCUGAAGACCAGGCCAUCCUGGGCAUGACCGACAAUGACAUCACAGUCACCAUACAUGUACCGGACGGAAAGAUCAUAUGGCUGGAGUACAUACUAGUGAUUCCUGAAGACAGUCACAGCUCUAGCUAUCUGGUGGAGGAACCACUGGACAAGUCGUACAGUUUUAUUAGUCAGUGCAGUAGCAACAGCUUUCAGAGCAGUCCAGCUUCGUCUAAAUUCUGCCGAGACGCUGCCAUCUCUCUGUCUCUCUUCUACAACAACGGUGCCCAGUCCUGCAACUGCCAUGAGGUUGGCUCCAUGAGUACAAAGUGUGAGCCUUACGGAGGGCAGUGCACUUGCAGACCCAAUGUGAUUGGAAGAGAUUGUUCGCGCUGUGCCACGGGAUUCUGGGGAUUUCCUGAUUGCAGGCCAUGUGAAUGUGGAUCACGCCUGUGUGAUGAGGUGACUGGACAGUGUAUCUGCCCUCCUCGUACUGUGAAACCAGACUGCACCGUUUGUCAGUCACAGACCUUUGGUUGCCACCCGCUGGUUGGGUGUGAGGAGUGCGAUUGUUCCAAGAUUGGGCUGCAGAAUAUUACUGAGCCAAGCUGCGACAUCCAGACAGGACAGUGCACGUGUAAACCAAAUAUCAUGGGACGGCGAUGUGAGAAAUGUGCUCCUGGGUUUUACGGAUACCCCAACUGUAAACCAUGUGACUGCAACCGAGCCGGUACCGAAGCCAGCAUAUGUGACUCCCUCACCGGGCAAUGCCAGUGCAAGGAAAACGUGGAGGGCCCGCUGUGUGACCGCUGCCGCUUGGGAACUUUCUAUCUUGACGCGGAUAAUCCGAAAGGUUGUACUCGCUGCUUUUGCUUUGGAGCCACAGAUCGGUGCCACACCUCGUCCAAGUAUCGUUCUCAGUUUAGCGACAUGCGGGGAUGGGUUCUAGUUGGAGGAGAGCGACAGGAAGUGGAGAUCUUGGAGAGGCCUGGUGAGGGCCUUGUGGAGGCAGAUCUGAGAGAUGUUCCCGAUGUCUACCAGGAGUUCUACUGGCACGCUCCACGAAGCUACCUCGGAGACCGGGUCUCUUCUUAUGGUGGGUUCCUGAGGUAUGAGCUUAAUGCUGAAGCUAUCAGAGGAGACGACAUCUACAUUCCUGUGGAGCGUAGACCAGAUGCCAUACUGAAGGGAAACCAGAUGAGUAUUGCGUUCCUGGAGACAAAAUACCCGUUGCCAGGAGAGAAUCAUCAAGGACAGAUCCAACUCAUCGAGAGUAACUUUAUCCAUAUUGGGACGAACAAUCCUGUAUCCCGUGAGGACAUCAUGAUGGUUUUGGCCAACCUGGAGCAGCUGCAGAUUCGAGCUCUAAAUUCUCAGUCGUCCGCCAUGGUGUCUCUGCGCCGGGUGAUUUUGGAAAUUGGACACAAUGCCAAUACUGGAGUGCGGGCCAGCAAUGUGGAGCUGUGUAUGUGCCCAGCCAACUACCGCGGAGACUCCUGCCAGGAAUGUGCUCCUGGAUUCUAUAGAGACAUGGGUCUCUUCCUUGGUAAAUGUGCUGCUUGCAACUGCAGUGGCCAUUCUGAUCAGUGCUUACCUGGGACUGGAACUUGUGUGAAAUGUCAACACAACACCGAAGGAGACCAGUGUGAACGAUGUAAAGAUGGCUUUGUGGCCAAUGGUACCAUUGAGGGAUCAUUACAGUGUGUGGCGUGCCCCUGCCCCCUAUCUGUGCCCUCCAACAAUUUUGCCAUUGGAUGUAUGCAGAGAGGCUUGACAACUCAAUGCCUCUGCAAACCAGGCUACGCUGGGGCCAAGUGUGAACGCUGUGCCCCCGGUUAUUACGGGAACCCCAUGGUAAUUGGAAGCACAUGUUUGCCCUGUAACUGCAACGGAAACACCGACUCCAACAUGCUCUUCAACCAGUGUGACCCUUUGUUGGGCACUUGCUCCGGCUGUAUGUUCAACACCGCUGGGCCUCACUGCGAAGUGUGCACACCUGGCUUUUAUGGAGACGCCAUCAUUGCCAAGAACUGUACCAGAUGUGGCUGUUCUACCUGUGGAACAGACAUUUGUGACCCAAGAACUGGACAAUGUCGCUGCAAACCUGGAGUCAUCGGACCUCACUGUGAUCGCUGUCAGGAGGGUUAUUACGGGUACAAUAGCUGCUCCGGAUGCCAACGUUGCAGCUGUGGUUCCGGCUCUACUAGUUCAAGUUGUGACCAUCUCACUGGCCAGUGUCUCUGCCUUCCUGGUGUCACUGGUCCUCGCUGUGAGCAGUGCGCUCCUGGAUUCUGGGGGUUCAAACCGAGUGGUUGCACAAAGUGUCACUGUAAAGGGGGCUCAUGUGACCCGCGUACCGGUGAGUGCCAGUGCAGCGACGGGCUAACGGGAAAGCAGUGCGACAAAUGCAGCCGCCAGUAUGAGAUUCCAGUCAGCCACGGGCCAGAGGUCAUGAAAUGCGAGCCAUGUGACAGCUGUGUGGUGACCCUUCUGGAGGAUUUACAGAGGAUGGCAGAUUUUUUCCCCAGUGUCCGAGACCAGCUGACCAACCUGAGUCUGAGUUCCAUUGCUUGGACCCGCUUGGGUGGUCUCAAUGCCUCUAUUGCCAACCUCACAGAUCUCUGGCUUCAUUAUCAGAGCUCCAUCAAUGGUAUUAAGGAUAAAUCUGACGAUCUGGAAGAUGAUAGUUUUAGCCUCACACAAGACCUCGACACACUGGAAGAAAAGAUGAAUUCAACCAAACAUAAAGCUGCAAAUGUACAACAGGCAACCAGAGACACCAGUCAGAAGGCCAAAGACUUGACUAACCGGGUGCAAACUCUCUACAAGCUCACACAGGGUCUGCUCCAUCAGCUGAGCAAGAUUGGCUCCUCGAAUACCACCAACAUGACAUCCACGGAGGAGUUCAGGCAGAUCGUGACUGAUGUGGAGCGAAUGCUGAAGGAGAUGAGAGACAAAGAUUUUAAGCAUGCUAACGGCUUGGCUGGAAAGGAGCUUGAAGAGACUAAAAAAUUGCUAGACCGGGUGAAAGCAGAGCUACUGAAUAGUGUUAAAACCAACCAAGACAUUUUAAAUGACAUCAAGACAAAGCUGGACACCUACAACUCAGAGGUGAUGGAUCUUCGGGAUGCCAUGAAUGAGGCAGUGAAUAAGACCAUAGAGACCGAAGGCCUCAACAGCCUUAACCACAACAGCCUGGAGGAGAACAAGCUAAAGCUUAAAGACCUAAAGACUCAGCACAAGGAGCUGGUGUCAGCCGUGAAGAUGGCAGCAGAUGCCCUUGCCCAGGUCUCGGACAUCCUGCAGAUGAUGGAGAACUUGAAGGAGGAAUAUGAGAAGUUGGCUGCAGAGGUUGAUGGAGCCCGAAGCUCAAUCAUGGACCAGGCAAAGAAAUUCUCCCCAGCGAGCAGCAAGUUAGCCAUUGUAGAAAAGGCCGAGGAGCAUGCCAAAAUGCUGGGACAGGUGGCCAAGAACCUCAACAAUGCCAUUAAAGACUCCAAUCAAGACAUAUUCAUCCAGAAGGCCAUAAACGCCUCCAACGCUUACUCCAGCAUUAUCGAGGCCAUGAAGCAAGCCGAGAAAGCGGCCAAGGAUGCCAGCCGUGCAGCAGGAGAGGCACUUAAGGAUGUGGUGUCCCAACAGCUUGCCAAGAGAGGAAAAGAACUGAAGGACAACAGUUCAAAACUGGAAGAAAGAGCCAAAGCGGCACAAAGCGAGUUAAAUGGAGAUGUCCAGAAGAAGCUGCAGGAAGCCACAAAGAAGCUGGAGGACAGCAAAACAAAGAAGGCAAAAUUAGAAUCCGACCUGAGAUCUGCCAUGGAGAAAAUCAGCAUGACACAAGAUAAUGUAUCAGACAACAUAAACAGAGCUAAGGCCAAAGCCACUGAGGCAAACAAUACUGCCAGCAGGGUGGAGGCCAAGCUGACCGACAUCAAGAAGAACCUCGAGCAGUGGAAGAACAAGUAUGGAAAUAUGCGCAAUGAGGAUGUGAACAAGGCAGUCGAAGAGGCAAAAACAUCAGUGUCCAGUUUGGAGAACACCAUCCCGCUACUUCUGGAUAAACUUAACAAGCUAGAGGGCCGCCAAGGACAAAAUGGCAGCAUUUCAGACAGUAUCAAGCGAAUCCGCCAGCUCAUCUCUCAGGCAAGAGAUGCUGCCAGCAAGGUUAAAGUUCCUGUGAAGUUUAAUGGCAGCUCCGGGGUCCAGCUCCGUACUCCCAGCAACCUGCAUGACUUGUCUGCCUACACGUCUCUGAAGCUACACAUACAGAACCCAACGCCACAGAGCAAGAAGAAGCGUCAAGUCGAAGGUGAACAGGCGCGCUUUGUGAUGUUCCUCGGGCACGAAGAUGGUCAGGGAGAUUAUUUUGGGCUGACCCUGAAAGGCAACAGACUGCAGUGCAUCUAUCGCCUGGGGGACCAGGAGCCGACCAUCCUGUCAGCUAAUGAGGAUAUCAAAGAGACGUUUGUCACCGUCGUCAUAGAGAGGAUCCUGCAGUACGGCCAGAUGUCUAUCUUUGUCACCAAGGACAGCCUGUACGAGAUCAAAGGAGACAGCAAAGCAAAUGGAGAGCAGGGGCUGCUGAACCUGGACCCCCAGAAAGUGGUCUUCUACGUAGGCGGCUACCCGGCAAGCUUCAGGCCUCCUGCCUCUCUGGAUUAUCCAAACUUCAAAGGCUGCAUUGAAAUGGAUACCCUCAAUGAGAAGCCAAUCAGCCUGUAUGACUUUGAGAGAACCUUCCAGCUGGACACGUCAAAGGAUAAACCGUGUGCCAGGUCUAAAUCUACAGGAGACCCCUGGGUCACUGAUGGCUCGUACUUUGAUGGGGCUGGCUAUGCUCAGGUCAGGCUGGAGAACCUUUCAGGGAAUUCAAAGAGAUUUGAGCUGGAUGUCCGCCUGGUUUCUUAUAAUGGCAUUAUCUUCUUCCUUGAUGCCGAGGACCAAUUCUUAUGCCUCGCGGCCCAGGAGGGGAAGCUGACCCUGUAUUACAAUGUUGGAAGCGGCAGAGAGAAGGCCAAGUCACUGGAAUCCACCCAGUUGUUUGUCAGCAGCUCCAGCACCAAAGCGAUACAAGUUAUCUUGGCCUUUAAGAAAAAAAUCUUUGUACGUUUGGAGAGAACGACUGUUUACACCGUGGAGUACGAUGGAGGCAAUUUAGAAAACUCCCAAUACUUCUACCUCGGAGGUCUUCCACUAGAGAAGAUCCCAGAGAGUCUGAAAGAGUUUUUCCCAACCGGAGGGUCUAUCAGAGGCUGCAUGAAGGGGCUCAAAGCGUUGGGCAGAUACGUGGACCUAAAGCGUAUGAAUACAACUGGUGUCAGCUAUGGCUGCACCUCGGACCUACUGAUUGCCAGGUCGGUGCAGUUCCAUGGACAUGGCUUCCUCAAUAUGAACCUGAAGAAUGUGCCCAGUUUCCAGGAUGACUUUGCUGCAGGUUUCGGGUUCCAGACCAGCCAGCGCAAUGGACUGAUGUAUCACCAGUCCAGUGAGGAGGGAUCCUGCCAGGUGUCAGUCCAAGAUGGACAUCUAUCUGUGAGGCUGCUCUCCACAGAACUCACCUCUAGUUCACCGUAUUCAGAUGGAGCGGGACACUACCUGUCUCUUUACAGCACUAAAAAGGAGGUGCGGCUUUACGUGGACGACCAACUACAAGGGAGCAAGCAGUUGUCAGACAGCAGCAGGAGGAGGCGGCAGGAUGCGGCAGGUAGCAGCCUGCUUCUUGGUGGUAUGCCUGAUAGCGCACUACGUGGGAACCUGAGCGGAUGCAUCAGCAAUGUCUUUGUAAAAAGUAUCACUGGACCCCAGAUGGUUCUAGAUCUACAGCAAAAUCUACGCAGCCUGAAUGUGACAAUCAGUUGUCAAGAGGUGGCGGAGGAACGGCCGCAAGAGAUUCGAGCCCUGCUGAAGAAGGAUAAAAUUAAAAUGAAGAAAGCUCGGCAAAGGAAGCUGGCCUUAAUGAACCACCGGAACCCGCACAAUUCAUCAUGCAUGCUUCCCAAAACUGUCAAAGGGGCAUUCCAAUUUGGAGGUUCCACUUCCAGCCAUCUGGAAUUCACAGAUCUUCCUGACUUUCACCAGGAAAGGUUCUACUUUUCAAUGGAAGUUCGGCUGAACACCUCCAGUGGGCUCCUCUUUUAUGUUGCCGAUGAGGAAGGAACCUCUUCCCUGUCUCUCCACAUCUUAAAUGCCAGGUUUGUGCUUCUGAUGAACAUUAAUGGAAGGACCCAUCGACUGAGGAGUAAAGACAAGUACACAGAUGGACUCUGGCACACGGUUUUCUUCGGUAAAGAGAAGAACAAGCUCCGCCUGGUCAUAGACGGCCUGAGGGCCCAGACAGGCAUCCUACACUCGGUGUCCUCCUUGUCUUUAUCCAGUCCAGUAUACGUUGGAGGAGUCCCUGCACUGAGGAACCUUCCAGACAACAUGGACGGCGCCCUGAAAGGUUUCCGGGGCUGCCAGAGGGAUCUGAAGAUGGACGGGAAAGCAUUGGGCCCUCCAAGAAGAGUGGUGGGAGUCACUCCUUGCUUCGAGGGGUUCACAGAACCCGGGUUGUUCUUCUCAGAUGGAGGAUUCCUCAGAUUUGGGGACCUGAUUGACCUGAGGCUGGAUCUGGAUCUGGAGCUGAAGUUAGAGGUGCGGCCCAUGCACCCCUCCGGUCUAAUAUUCCACAUACACUCCGAGAACGGGAACUCCAUCAGUGUGUCUGCAGCUGAUAAAAAGGUCACUCUAAUUCUAACGGAUGAACGAGGAAAACACAGUACAGAGGUGAACCUACAGCAGCCUCUGUGUGACGGACAAUGGCACACCAUUGCAGUGACCAAAGGUAGUAACGUCAUCCAGCUGGACGUGGACACAGAAGGAAGCCACUUGGUGGGGAUCAGUCCGUCGUCACAUGUCCACAAUCACGGGACCCUGUUUGUGGGAGGAGUUCCCGUGACUCUUCGCAGCACACAAGUCUUAGCACCCCCAUACCACGGCUGCAUGAGGAACCUCAGCAUGAAUAGAAAGCUUGUCGACGUCUCAAAGUCCGGAACGUUCUCAGGAUCUUCGGGCGUCAAUGUCUGUCCAGUUCUCUGAAUAGACAGCCGACAGCGAAAGGACAAAUUGUAAUGUGACUGCUAGCGUCUAAUGGGCAGACACCACUACACUGUGCCAGUAACGGGGGAGAGGAAAGAGGACCUGUCCUAGCCUUUCCCCGUCUCCUAGAAUCAUGGGUGCUUCCUAUGCGGUUAGACAACGGAACUAAUCUUCUUCCACAGACCUCACAACACUUACCCAGCUACUCACAAUUGGAUCUUCUGUGGUCUUGCUGUAACCUGCAGCUGUCAGAGACUUGUUUCCUGUCUGGGGUCACUGUGGUAAUUCUAAAGGUAAUGGCAGAGCUUCACCACUG